AUGUCGAGUCGAACGGAACCAGUCUUGAAGAGGAAGAGGUUGAAUCCAGCGGUCUGUGGUGGCAUCACCGAUUCCUUCAAGACCACUGAGGACUGUUAUUCUUGCCCCAUCUGCUUCAACAUACUUGAUGAGCCCUACAUGACUAAGUGUGGACACAGUUUCUGUUAUAGGUGCAUUGGUCACUCUCUGGAGAAUGACAAUAGGUGCCCAAAGUGUGGAUUCAUCAUCGCCAGGAAAGAGGAAAUCUUCCCUAACUUCCUGCGUGAGUUUGAAGUGCGGUGGAAAGAUGAUAAUGAUGAUGGUGAUAUUGAUAAUAAAGAUGAUGGUGAUAAUGGUGAUAUUGAUAACAAAGAUAAGGAUGAUUAUGAUGAUGAUGCUGAUAUAGAAGAUGAUAAAGAGGAUGAUGAUGAUGAUGAUGUUGGCAUAAGAGAUUUAACACUGCCCCACACCCCGCCGGACUUCGACCUUGACACUAUGGACCUAGACAGGGUGAAUGACCUGUUGAACUCCUUGUACGAUAGGAGGCAACAGUUACAGCAGCAACAAAGGAAGGAUAGCAAUGAACUACUUAGAGAGUUUUUGGAAAAAGCACUUGCUCAGAAGCAGAAACACGAGAAGAGAUGCUGGAGUGUGGACUUCAACAGGGUAGACCCAUGUCUCUUGGCGUCCGGAUCAGAUGAUGCUAAGGUGAAGUUGUGGCACAUCAACUCGGCCAACUCCAUCGCCUCCCUCCAAGUACGUGCCAACGUCUGUGGGGUCAAGUUCAAUCCAGACAGUCUCUACCAUCUGGCGUUUGGUUCUGCUGACCACCGCAUCCACUACUACGACCUCCGCCAGAUGAAGGAAGCUCUUCUCACGUUGAAAGGACACAAGAAGGCAGUGUCUUACGCCAAGUUCAUCAACUCCAACGAGAUCGUCUCCGCUUCGACCGAUAGCCAGCUGAAGUUGUGGGACCUGACGAAGAAAUGCUGCACUCGUACCUAUCUUGGUCACAUCAACGAAAGGAACUUCGUCGGAUUGGCCACUGACGGAGAUUAUGUAGCUUGUGACAUCUCGAAAGCUAUGCUCUCAUACAAGUUCGACCCUCUUAGGACUGUCCUAAUGGGUGACAAAAUAGAAGAUGAGAGUACGGAGUUCGUCAGUGCGGUCUGCUGGAAGACUGGAUCGAACGUCAUCUUGGCGGCAAACAGUCAGGGACAUAUCAAGGUUAUGAGUCGGACUUAA